CCUGGACCAGUGUAACCUUACAGAGGACUGUAGCGAAGACCUGGUUUCAACUCUCAGCUCCCCACAGCUGAGAGAGCUGGACCUGAGUGGCAAUGACCUAAAAGACUCAGGAGUGAAGCUGCUCUCUGAUGGACUGAGGAAUCCACACUGUAAACUGGAGACACUGAGGCUAAUCCAAUGUAACCUCGGAGUAGAGAGCUGUGAAUGGCUGGCCUCAGCUCUCAGCUCAGACUCCUCACACCUGAGAGAGCUGGAUCUGAGUGACAAUGACCUGCAGGAUUCAGGAGUGAAGCUGCUCUCCGAUGGACUGAGGAAUCCACACUGUAAACUGGAGAUCCUGAGAUUGCACCAGUGUAAACUUAGAGAAGAAUGUUGUGAAGAGCUGGCCUCAGCUCUCAGCUCAGACUCCUCACACCUGACAGAGCUGGACCUGAGUGACAAUGACCUGAAGGAUUCAGGAGUGAAGCUGCUCUCUGAUGGACUGAGGAAUCCAGACUGUAAACUGGAGAUCCUGAGGCUGUCGGGCUGUCAAGUCACAGAGGCAGGUUGUGCUUCUCUGGCUUCAGCUCUGAAGUCAAACCCCUCACACCUGAGAGAGCUGGACCUGAGCUACAAUCACCCAGGAGAGUCAGGAGUGAGACUGCUCUCUGCUGGCCUGGAGGACCCCAGCUGUAAACUGGAGAAGCUAAACAUGGAGCACGGUGGAGAGUGUCGGCUCAAAGCAGGUCUGCUCAAAUGUGAGUCCGUCCUGAGCAGCCUCCCCCAGCAAAAUGCUGUUACUCUCAAUGAGGGGAAACCAGCUUUAUAAUACCUAUCCAUCCAAGGUGGAAAGUUCAGAAAGUACACAUCCAGACCAAGAUUUUAUUUCAACCAACUAGUUGAGUUCUCCAUGAAUGUGACUCUUUAUACUCAGUUGGUUGGUGGAAACAAAGUCUCGGUCUGGAUUUGUACUUUCUGAACCUGACCUUUCCACCUCUGCCAUCCAACUCUGAAACAUAUCCAGUGCAUGGUCACAGAGGGCUUGGAACCCAUCUCAGACCGUAUAGGACACAAGGCUGAGGAAUACCCAGACAGGAUGCUAGGCCAUCACAGUUCACACACAGGCUCACAUGCACAUUGACACACAAUUAGAGACACCAGUUCACCAGCUGCUGGAAAAGCCAGACGACAGAGAAAACUCAUGCAACACUGAUUGUGCACCUCCUGAGCAUUAAACCCACAUAUUUUUAAAAAUCUUGGUUCCUUCUAGUAGUUUAGUUUCUGUAUUAUUGACAUGAAUAUUUAAAUUAUUCCAGGACAAAAGUUAAUUCUCUAAGCAGCCUAGGCCAAAAUAUAUACACUAUAUGGACAAAUUGCAAAUAGCUCUAUUCAUAUGAUAACAUGAUAACCCAACAGUCUUUAUUUUUGACAGUCCCACGCUUGAAUU